CAUAAACCAAAAAUAAAUAGAAAAAUCCUUCCUUCCUUCAGCGAUCCACCUCUCUCUCUCUCUUCUCUCUCUCUUCCGAUCCCUAGAUUUUCUCUGGUUCUUCCCCUCGCUCCUCGGCGCUCGAUUUCCCCGGCGAGAUGGCGAACGCAGCUUCUGGUAUGGCAGUGCAUGAUGAUUGCAAGUUGAAGUUCUUAGAGUUGAAGGCAAAAAGGACAUACCGUUUCAUAGUAUAUAAGAUUGAAGAGAAGCAAAAGCAAGUGAUCGUUGAAAAACUUGGAGAACCUGCAAAUAGUUAUGAAGAUUUUACUGCGAGCCUUCCUGCUGAUGAGUGCAGAUAUGCUGUGUAUGACUUUGAUUUUAUGACUGAAGAGAAUGUUCCAAAGAGCAGGAUUAUCUUCAUUGCCUGGUCUCCUGAUACUUCGAAAGUGAGAAACAAGAUGAUUUACGCAAGUUCUAAGGACAGGUUCAAGAGAGAGUUGGAUGGUAUCCAGAUUGAGUUGCAGGCUACCGAUCCAACUGAAAUGGGCCUAGAUGUGAUUAAGAGCCGCUCCAGUUGAAUGUAAAGUUUCCAUAUGCAACCCAGGCUCUUCAUACCAUUUCGGUUUCCAUAUGUGCCAUAUUCACAUCCCUCAGGGACACUUGGGACAUAGGACUCGCAGUUAUUUUACGUAUUGGCUUGUCAAAGAAGUCUUCCAUCGAAAGCGCUAGUUGAUGCGCAGGAUCAUUAUAUGUUGUAAUGGUUGCUGUUUUCGGGAUUGCGACAUUCAUCGUUGUAUGUUGUGGUUUUAUGGAGUGUAUAGACUCCAGUGUUUGCCAAUUGUGUCUCUCUUCCCUAAGUGGAUACGAGUAGUUUUCUAAA